GUGGCGGUCAUGUACAUAAUGUACAUAAUUCCGAGCCAUGUGGUAGCUUUGAACGUCUCAUAAUUCAUAUCCAAUGAGACCCCGCCCUGUCCACCGUGUACCGCUGACCGUCGCUCCCUUCGGUUUGUACAAUAGCGGUCGCGCCUUCUCGCGUUAGCUUCCAUGGCGACCCACUAGAAAAGCGUUUUCUCAUGUCGACCGGCCGGUUAGCUCCCGCAGGAGAGCUAACGGGCGUGUUACCAGACGGGAGGAUGUGGCGGACUAACUCUUCUGGACGAACUGCGCAGCGCCUUAGCGUGCUAAGCUAACGCCGAGCCGACGGGAGAAACGAGCCAGUUAACCACAGCGAGCUAACGGCUCGGAGCUAACGCGGGCUUGCGUUCACCUGCGGACUGUCGCUAGCUAACUGACGCCGCCGCCGCCGCCGCUAGCUAAGGGGAUGGAAAGUGUGAAGGAAAACGUGUCCGGAGCGGUUUCUACUACAUCAACACCACAGGGGAUACUUGACUCUGGUAGUGACAGUAACUCGGUGAAGCCAAACGGAUUAACACCGCUGCCUGCUGGAAAGAGACCCUCCAUAGGGGAGGAUGACGGAGGAGGCGCGGAGGCGAAACUCUUCGGGAAGGGACUUGCGGCCACCUCCCUUCUCCAAAUUGCGAUAAGGAACGGGAUCUAUCAAAACCAAGUUGCCAACGCUACCGGCGGUGCGGCCAAAAAUAUAAACAUGCCCGCCGCGAAAACAGCCAGCAUCUACAGUCUGACAUCAGUCAACAGCAACACUUCUGUCAACUCUUUGCUGAGCAGGAGGCGGCAGAAACACAAGAGGAAUCUGUCGCUGGGGGCUCCUCCGACCGGCAGCUCGCCUGGGUUGUCCUCCGCGGAGGCGGCCAGUCCCGCGCCAUCCGCCUCGCCGCUGAGCACCCUCAGCCUGGAUAGGAGGACUUUUCUUCGACAGAAGCAGUCAAAGCAGCUUCAGGCCCCUGAUAAGACAUGGGUGAGAUCGGACCUCCGGCGGGGUUGCAUUCACGUCCACGACUGGCUUACGCCCUCCUACCCACGGCCGGUGCUGUGCACAGUGGACACCACUGCCAAAGAGGUAGCCUGUAAGCUGGAAGGGAGCAAAGCCGGGGCAGUGUUGAGAGUUAACUGCAAAGGUAGUGCUUUAGUUGACUUAAAUGAUAACUGUAAAGAUAGUAAUGGACAGACUGAUGACAUUAAAAGUCUUAGUGACAGUGUGGAUGUCAAAAACCCCAAAGGAGAAGAGAAUGAACACUCGAAACAGUAUUAUCCUGAUACUAAACUGUCCUCCAACUUGUUGGAUGAUAAAACCGCGAGCAACUCUUCAUCUGAGGUCUAUCUGAAUGACAUUGGGAUGGAUUUGAGCCUGAGUGUGGCAGACUGUUAUGGAGUCUACUCAGGUUCCGAUAUGGAGAGCAGCACCUGUGAGGACGUCAGCCCCGGUGGACCCAGAAGCACACAGCACCGGGACUCACUCAGUGAUGGGCUAGGUUUAGGUACUGACUCCUCAUUGUUGAGCCCAAACUGUGACAGUGCCACAGAGGGACCUGACCCAUUUGAGAGCUCCUCAGAUGAAGUAGACCUCACCUCUUCUCCAACACACUCAACCGGUGACUCUGCUGCAGACCAGCAAGGAGACUUGCCCACCACCACAGACCCCUCUAGUGCUUCCAACAAAGUGACAAGACUAGACACUGAAAAUGGAGCUGGGGAUAACGCAGAUACUCCCAAAUUAAUCAAACCUCCCCCUCAAGGCUCCAGCAGCUCUCAGACUCGGCCCCUGACCAGCCAAGCAUCUGUCCAGCCUGACCUGGAGAUCCCUGGGGGGAGCAGGGGAUGGCUGGAGACCAUCAGUACUAGUCCGACCCCAGCCCUCUUUGUCCAGCUGCAUGGCGGAGCUGUGCGGCGGCUGGGAGACGACGAGAGGCCUCUGCAGAUGUUAAAUGAGUACCUCACUAAUCUGGGGUUUGAAGAUGCUUGGAGGGGGCAGGAGGAGGGGAUGAAUCCAGAAAUUGGCUGCUUGAUUCGCUUCUACUUCGGUAAGCCUCGCAGCGUGGGCGGUUCUGAGCGUGUGCAGCUUUCAGGGGUGUUCAAUGUUCGGAAAGGGAAGCUGGCGCUGCCAGUGAACCGCUGGUCGAAGCGUCAGGUCACACUGAGUGGAACCUGCCUCAUUGUCUCGUCUGUCAAACACGCCCACACUGGCAAGAUGCACAUCCUCCCUCUCAUCGGAGGAAAGGUGGAGGAGGUGAAGAGACACAGCCACUGUCUGGCCUUCAGCUCAGCUGGUCCUCAGAGUCAGACCUACUACAUCAGCUAUGAAUCCUACACAGAGCAUCUCCGGUGGCACAGGACAGCCUCAAAGAUUGCGUCCCAGAGGGUGAACUCAGUUGACCUGUCGUGCUGCAGCCUGGAGGAGCUGCCCGCUCAGCUGUUUUACAGCCAGGACCUCACCCACCUCAAUCUCAAAAACAACUUCAUGUCCCCUCACAAAGGUGUUCCAGCACUCACCAGGUUUUGUAAACUGAGAAGCCUUAGUCUGUCAAAUAACUCUCUGUCCGAGUUUCCUCUGGCCCUGUGUGACAUCACCUUGCUUACGGAGCUAAACCUGUCUGGAAAUCGCCUCUCGUCUCUGCCUGCAGAAGUAGGAACCAUGGAUAAUUUGCAGACUCUUCUCCUGGACAGUAACUUCCUGACUUCUCUGCCUGUGGAGCUGGGCUCUCUGGAGGGCCUGACCUACCUCGGCUUAUCCUUCAACCGUUUCAGCUGCGUCCCGCCCGUCCUGGAGAAGCUCAAAGGCAUGGAGAGACUCUGUCUGGCAGCGAACCAGCUCUCUGUCCUGGAUAUGGCCGGACUGCAGUGGCUGCCUGUUCACCACGUAGAUCUCAGAUUGAACCGGCUUCAGAAGGUGACGGUGGGAGACCCAGAGCAGCUGGUCCACAUCGUCCAGCUGGACCUGAGGGAUACUGGUCUUCAGGAGCUGGAUGUCAGGUCUCUCUGUAGGCUGGAGCUCCUUCGCUGUGACAGAAACACUCUCUCCCUCCUCAGAGUCAGUGGCCACGCCCUCAAGAGCCUGCACGCUGCACAUAACGAGCUGAAGGAGCUGGAGGUGCAGCCUGUGCCAGAAAAUCUGUCUGUUCUGGAUUUGUCCUGGAACAAGCUGGGAUGUGUCCCUGACUGGGUGUGUGAGAGCAGCCGACUGGAGGUGUUGGACAUCAGUCAUAACUCUGUUACUGAGCUUCCCGUACAGCUGCUGUCCAGUGGGAGCUUGAGGAAGCUGCUGGCAGGCUGGAACGAAGUGUGUCAGCUGGUUGAGAGGUUGGAGAGAUCGCAGCUCGAGGUCCUUGACCUCCAACACAACUAUCUGACUGAGCUCCCACAUAACCUGUUCAUCAAAGCACAAAGCUUGCGAUACCUGAAUGUGUCGGCCAAUAGGCUAGAGAACCUCCCUGCGGCCAGCCUGUCGGAGGACAGCUCCAGCAUACUGGAGGAGCUCUAUGUGACCAAUAACAACUUGACAGACAAGUGCGUCCCUCUCCUGAUGGGACACGGCCACCUCAGGGUGCUUCACCUCGCCUACAACCAGCUGCAGACUUUCACUGCCAGUAAACUGGCACAGCUGGAGCAUCUGGAGGAGCUGGACCUGAGCGGCAACAGACUGAGGGCUGUGCCCACCACCAUCCUCAGCUGUCAGCGCAUGCACACACUCUCAGCCCACUCCAACUGCAUCAACACCUUCCCGGAGGUCCUCCAGCUGCCUGAGAUCAAGUGUGUAGACCUGAGCUGCAACGAGCUGACUGAGGUGACCCUGCCAGAGACGCUUCCUCUGAAGCUUCAGGAGCUGGACCUGACAGGAAAUCCUCGCCUAAACCUGGACCACAAAUGCUUGGAGCUCCUCAAUAAUAUCCGAUGUUUCAGAGUAGAUCCAUCUCCUUCUGCUCCGUGUGUGAGCGAGAGCCACGGGGCCCCUGCAGUCUGGAGCCAUGGCUACACCGAGGCCUCCGGAGUGAAAAACAAGCUGUGUGUGGCUGCUCUGGCCCUGGACAGCUUCUGUGGGAUUCGUGAAGCUCUGUAUGGGGUUUUUGACGGAGACAGGAAUGUUGAGGUGCCCUACCUGCUGCAGUGCACCAUGGGAGACGUGCUAGCAGAGGAGCUCCACAGGGGCCAGAGGCAGGAAGAUUACAUGACCAACACUUUCCUCACCAUGCAAAGGAAGCUGGGCACAGCAGGCCAGAGGAUGGGCGGCUCGGCGGCUUUGUGCCACAUCAGACACGACCCGGUGGCUCCCGGCGAGCACGGCGGCUGCUUCACUCUGAAGGCCGGCAACGUGGGCAGGUGCCAGGCUGUUUUGUGCCGAGACGGCAAAGCUAUGCAACUCUCCGCCACACACACCGUUCAAGAGGAGCCGGAGUACCGGAGGGUCCGACGGCAUAACGCCAUCAUCACAGAGGAUAACAAAGUCAGUGGUGUAACUGACUCCACCAGAAUUAUGGGUUACUCCUUCCUGUGCCCGUCCGUGACCCCUCGACCACACGUCUCCACGGUGACGCUCACCCCGCAGGACGAGUUCUUCCUCCUGGGCAGCCGGGGACUGUGGGACACGUUGUCUGCCAGCGAGGCGGUGGAGGCGGUCAGGAAUGUACCGGACGCUUUGGCGGCUGCCAAGAAGCUGGUGACUCUGGCUCAGAGCUACGGCUGCUCCGACAGCCUCAGCGCCGUCGUCGUCCAGCUCAGCAUCACCGAAGACUGCUGCUGUUUCUGUGAGCCGCCGCCCCCUCCCCCCAGCCCCGGCCCGGGCGCUCACACCAGCGCGCACCAUUACUCGGCGGGCGGUGACGGCGGGAUACCGCUGCCGCCGGCCUCCUCGGGGACGGUGAGCGAGCUGAGCAGCGAGUUCAGCACGUCCGAAAUGAGCAGCGAGGUGGGAUCCACGGCGUCGUCAGAGGAGCCACCGCCUCAGACCGAGCCCGCGACGUCCCACCUCGGCCCGCCGGGACGAGCUGGCGUGCGGAGACCCGCCUGCAGAGGAGGCAGCUUCCAGAGGCAGUUCUCUGGAGCUCUGUCUGACAACGGCCUGGACAGCGAGGACGAGGAGCCCAUCGCCGGUGUCUUCUCCAACGGCAGCCGUGUGGAGGUGGAGGCUGACGUCCACUGUCUGCGCCGCCAUGACCGCCCGGCCCCCCAAACACAGACUCAUGUGCAGGCAAGCACAAACAUCCCUCCCGAGCCUUCACCCCCCCUCUCCUCCUCCCAGGCUCCCUCCCCCGUCCCUCCCUCCUCUCCCUGCCUCAGCGGGGAGGCUCGGUCCGGGACUCUGGGCCGCAGGGCUCGAGCUAACGGCUCCGUAGCCUGCCAAGGGAGGAACCAGGACCUCAUAGAGGAGGCGUCCGACGCCCCCGUCAGGAAGCAGGGGGGCUACUUCAACGCUCCCGCCCAGCCGGACCCCGACGACCAGCUCAUCAUCCCGCCAGAGCUGGAGGAGGAAGUCCGGCAGAUCAUCCAGCAGCAGCAGGAGCAGAUGCAGACGCAGACGCACAGCCAGCAAGCACACAGCUACCAGAAACCUGCAGGCUACUUCGUCACACCCCUCUAACUUCGGUCCCCCCUCCACGACAGCUGGUUCAGAUCCAGGGUUUCUAGUUUAGCGAGUUCCAGGGAUGGAGAACUGUGGAAUCGGGACUGUCGGUCUUCAUGCUCGGCACUGCAUUCGUUUGUACCGCUCCCUCCAAAAACCUCAGAGUACUCUGAACAUGCUUAUGGACCAGAGAGACUGUGUUUUCUUACGGUUUUUGUUAUUGACUUUAUUUUCUAAUGUUAACUCUAUGCCCCUUGAAAUGCAAUGCAAUUUUUAUAACACUUUACGUCGAUUUAAAUCUUCACAUGUAAUUGAGUUUUACCACAUCUUUAAUUUGAAGAAGCACUUUGGAUGCUUUUUAUUAGACCUUGGAGAUUAAUUCCAUGUUAAAUGGUACUUUGAGAUUUGGACCAUUCUGUUUUUUUUGCUGUAGUAGACAUUUCCCCUGUUUUUGUGGCUGAUGGCCUUACAGUUGUCGGAGUUAGUAAAACUGUUUAACUAACUCCUAGGAGUUUAAUACUUUAAAGUGACCUAGUCACUGAAGCGUACUAAUGUUCUCUGAGAGAAAAAGAUGAUUAUUUCCAACGGCUGAUAUUCCAGGUGUGUGUUCUCGGGGGUGUGCAGAGUUCAGAGUGGUGCUGCAGUGGUGAGUAAAUGCUGAUCAGGACGGAUCCUACAGUUGUUACCAGCUCAAUAAAUGUUCUCAGAACAGAGUUACAAACUUCUUGACAAUGGCAAAUCGCACAAGAGAGCUACUUUUGCUAUAUAAU